UAAGAAGAAGCAGCUUUUUAGAAAAUAUCGUCAAAAAUUAUUUGUUUGUGCUGCGUCCAAAUUGUAUUUUGUUUUGUUUUAUUUACACUUCUACAAUACCUCGAAAAUGUGCCAGGAGCUUGGAAUAAACAAGGCAGGAGCCGCAGCGACUUUAGGAGUCUGAAGACAAAAGCCCGAAAGAAAGGCGGAAGAUUCGGAGAAAAGGUGGAAGAAAGACCACAAAAGAUUUGAAUGCUCUACACAUAUUAACAUAAUUAAGGUGCCUGCCCAAUGGCUGGCCAUUGAGAGAGAUAUAUCAGGGAAAGACACGCACUUUUGUACGGCGGCCAUCAACACCGCUCGCCUCGAAUCCCAAUGCAAAUGAGGCGACAUCACUCAGCGGCCAAAAGCGAAAUGUGCAUCGUCAACACGAAGACCUAGAGCUGGCAAUUGCAUAAUAGAGCCAACCAAAAACCAAACACGACCUCAUUUUACAAAAUCGCAAAACUUCGAUCGACGACAACACACGGGCCGACUAGCAGACGAACAGGUAAACCUGAGAGUGUUUAUUUUAAUACCUGCAUGACGUAUACGCACCGUGGGCCGCAAUAAUGGACCUAAUGGAGCUGCUGCAUCAGCUUUUGCUGAACGUGUUCGACAUAUUUAAGAUCUACCUCAAGUUUGCCUUGAUCACACUGGUCAUCUACUUCCUGGCCGAGUGGUAUAUCCUGCGCUAUGGCGCCGAACUGGAGGCCGAACUGGAUGCCCAUCUGGUGGCGGGCGCCGAGCUGCGACAGGAGUCCCCGGAGCGACCCGAAUCGAACAGCACGUUGAGCAAGGUGUUCCGAUUCGUGGUGAACUUUUUCAUCCUAUAAUCGACUUAAUAAUAUUCACUCGACAAGGUCAAUCGAGCAGCUGAAUCGGUUGUGUGCCUUUUCGCGGAAUUGCAAUUCGAUUCAGCCAGCCACAUCUCAAGGCCCCCGCCCCGUCAGGAGAAUGUAACCACUUUUGAUACAAUCGAACCAGUUGCAUUUAACAACAGAAAAAAAGGCAAUCAAGAAAAGAAAAACAAAACAAAACAAAACAAAGGCAAAAGCCACCAAGUAAACACAAUCUUUAUAUGUAAUAAACAAUAACAAUAA